AUGUCUACAGCAUAUGUUAACAACUUCACACCACCCCCACCUUCCGCCCUCCCUGAUCCUGACAAGGUCCUCUCUUCCACAGAACCAUACGACAUCAACUUCGCGUAUCCAAUCCACCUCGAAUCACUCUCUUCCGACAAAGUUCGACUUAUGCCCUUCGUUCCGAGGCUGCAUGCCAAACCUCUCUGGGAGAGUGCACUACCGCAGCUGGGCGAGCUCUUCCAGUACUAUCCCAUAGCGCCGCGUACGUUCCCCGAGUUCCUUGCUUUCGUAGAGAGUAUCCGCACGUUGCCACACUGGUGCAUGUUCGCCGUGUACGACAAAACGCGAGCAGCACAGGAAGGCGAAAGCGGAGACGGGGGAGAAGGCAGCUUCGCAGGCAUGAUGAGCCUGGUCAACACUGUCCAUCAAUACCUCUGCACCGAGAUCGGCUACGUGAUGAUCCUCCCAGCAUUCCAGCGAUCGCACGUUGCGCGCACUAGCGUAUCCCUGCUACUCCAGUACUGCCUCAACAUGCCCACAGCGUCGCCGCCCGGCCUUGGCUUCCGCCGUGUUGCCUGGAUCGCCCACCCAAACAACGGACCGUCGGUCGGCCUUGCGAAAAAAUUGGGAUUCCAGGAGGAGGGUGUGCUGAGGUUCAGCAGGAUUCUCCCGGAUGUGGAGGCAUUGAACAGAGUUGGGGUGGAAGUAAAGCGGAAAGGAAGCGACACGAGAGAAGCGUACGCCAGACACUCCAAAGUCCUGGCAGUAUGUUGGGAUGAUUGGGAGAGCGGUGUGCAGGAGAAAGCGGAAGUCAUCAUCCGGCAGUAA